AUGACUGGAGAGACCCAGCAUGUUUAUGCCAUCAGCGAUACUGAGGCCGGCGCCAAGGAGCAAGGGAAAGACUUUGGCUUCGAGCGCUGCGCCGAGAAGGACGGCAGGGCCUUCGGCAGCGCCGUGCCCGACGCCCCGGAGCCGUGCCCGCGCGGCGCCGCCGACGGCACCGGCCCCUUCCCCGGCGCCAAGGACAAGGAGCCGCACGGCCAGCGGGAGGCCGUGAUCCGGCCGCAGCAAGCCGGCAAGAUCGACUUCAAGUCCCUCCAGAGCAAGCCCAAGUUCGCCGGCGACGGCGCCUGGAGCGGCCUCGACGGCGGCCCCCGGUCGCCGCCGGGCAAGAGCCGGGCGCGGGAGAAGAGCCGGCGCGCGGCCAAGGGCGAGCGCGGCCAGCAGCAGCAGCAGCUCUACCGGCUGAGCCUCGCCGGCGCCCGCCCCAACCCCACCAUCGGCAUCGCCUACCCGCAGCAGAAGGUCGCGCCGCCCAAGGAGCCGCCGGCUGCCCGCACCGGGGCCCUCGGCGGCAGCUACCGCUUCCACGUGCCCGGCGCGCCCGAGAGGGAGGCCGAGCUGCAGCACGACGAGCUCGGCUUGGGCCGGCGCUUCGCGGAGGCCGCCGCCAGCCUUACCUCCACCAACUAUACCUCAGAGGCGGCCGCCGGCGCGCGCCUCGCCGCCAAGGGGCAGCCGCCCGCGGGCCUCCCCCUCAAGAGCCCCGGCCCCCAUGGGCAGCUACAUUACCUAGAGUUUCAGGCAAACGGGACGAACUCUUGGCCUUCGCCGGAGAAGAGCUUUCCAGGUGCUAACUACGGGGCGCCGAAGCCGAGCUCCUUGGGCGAGGGCGGCAAAGGCGGCGCCUUGGGCUCCCUGCCCUUCUCGUUCCCCUUCCAGCUGCUGCACGAGGCGGCCAAGGAGCCGUUCCGCGGAGACGCCGCCGGCCAGGAGUACGGGGAGGCGCCGCCGGCGCCCGCCGCCUUCGGCUUCGCCGCGCGCGACUGGCAGGACGAGGCGCUGAGCGGCGCCUACGAGAGCGCGCCCGCCGAGGCCCGGCUCUACGGGCUGCCCUUCCUGUCCCCGGCGCCCGUGGGCCACCACGGCGCCUACAAGGGCCGGAGCGAGCGCCCCGCUGAUCUCAAUGGUGCUCUCCCGUCGUCUGGUGCUAUCGACCCCAACCCAAGCACUUUCCAAGAGAACCAAGCUGUUUUUCCGUCUAGUUUACACUCGCCCAGCGUGCCAAAGCCAGUCGGUAAGAGGCAAGCCUCGUCUAAAGACAGUGUCCCCAGCCCACGGCUACUGGUGCAGAGUAGCCCUCUUAGAAGGAAUAUGCCACCGAGCCCUCUCUCCCAAGUGCACUUUCAGAACAAAGUCUAUUGCGGCUCCCCGGCGGGCAGCGCGGGCGCCGGGUCCGUGCCUUUCGACACGAGCCUUGCCACCCCACCGGCCACCCACGCCCGGCUCGGGCAGGCCUGGGACGGCACCACGAAGGCGUUCUCUCCCGCGGACCCCAACUCAGCACCUUAUCCAAACCCCGUUGGAAACCAGUUCUCAUUCGAGCGCCCGCCUGGCCCCGAGCAGAGGCAGCACCGGCAGAAAAGCGCCAGGGUGCCUUGGCAGCAGAUGCACCUCGCUCCUGCAGCGCCCGCUCCGAACAGGAUAGAGCUGGCGAGACAACUCAGCGGCCAGAAGCCCCCUUUCUCCCUCGGCACGUCGGAGUGGCAGGGGGGCGUGAAGGCCCAGCCGCUGAGCAGCUCCCCCGGGUACCACAGCAAAAAGCUCUUGGCCGGAGAGGGCCUUGGGGCUCCGCGGGGGGACCCCGGGCGGCAGGGCUGCGGUUCCACCGGCACUUUCUCGUUCGAGAGCGGAAAGGAGCCGGCGUCUGCCGCCUGUGACGCGAGGAGCAAAGCCCUCUUCUACAGCAUGGGCCAAGCGGGGCCUCCUCCGGCCUCCAGGAACUCCUCCAGUUCGGCGCUGGCCUUGCCGCCAUCAGCCUUGGUGGCCGCCUCACCGUGCGAGUCCCCGCUGCCUUCCCCCGUCCCCAACCCCACGUGCAGCAGCACCUGCUCCUCUCUGUCCCCCAUGUCAAGCAGCCCGCUCAACCCCAGCUUUGAAGACAGCCAGAUGUCUGGAGCACUUACCCCUUCUCCCUUCUUCCACCAUCCCGCUCAUCCCAAGGAGAGCAACAAAGCCUUCCACCCCGCCGAGGUACUGAGUUCGGGCUCGCUUCAUUACCACCCCUCAGACUCUGUCAAGUCCUUCCACUUCCCUCCCGACGCCCUGAAGGACGACCCUCUCCUCAAAUGCGCCCCAGAGAGCCCAUUUCCCAAGCCCGGCAUGGAGGUGCCCAAAGGAUGCCUCGAUGGUCUCGACGGGGAGCCGCCUCCGCCGCCUUAUUCCUCCCAUCACCUGCUGGCCACCUCGCUCAGCAGCGCCAGCCUGGACCAGCUGGACGUGCUGCUGACGUGCAAGCAGUGUGACCAGAACUACAGCAACCUCUCCUCCUUCCUGGAGCACCGGCAGUUCUGCGGCUCGCACGCCGUGCUCCCGGGCGAGCCCAAGGACAUGCCGCGUGCAGGCGAGUGCAGGAAAACGCUCCCUCCGGAGCCCGCCAAGCACUCGCAGGCCGGGGGCAACCUGGCGCUUUCGCCCGAGCCCCCGGCGCAUCUGAUGGCGCUCAACAAAAGCGAUGAUUUCCUGCUGGAGGGGGAAAGCAAGAGCGAGGGCAAGGACGACGCUCUGAAGGGCAACCUCUUCAACGGCCUGACCGCGGCCCCCUUGCCGCUUACUGCCUCCGACUUGGAAAUCGAUGACGCCAAGCUGGACAGCCUCAUCACGGAAGCCCUGAACGGCCUGGAGUACCAGUCAGAUAACCCGGAGAUUGACAGCAGCUUUAUCGACGUGUUCGCCGAUGAGGAGCUCACGGCCGUGAAGGCUGCUGGUAAUGGGCUGUCUCACAAGGCAAAAGAAGCCUCCGAGAGCAAAUCGAAGCACCCGGGGCCCAAGGAGAAGGCAGCAAGCCAGCCGAGGGGCAGCUGUCAUUACGAAGACAGCCGUCCUGGAGGGGAGCAGGCUCGGAGGAGAGCAGGGAAGCAGCACGUCCACAAGGGGAGAGCGGCCCGGAGGUUGGGAGGCCGCGAGGCCGAGCGGCAGGAGAAGCCCCGCGUGCCGGAGCCACCUCGGAGCAAAUCUCCGGAUCGGGAAGCAGCCGGGGAAGAGCGACCCGACAAGGCAGCCAGGCUGAGGCUGGGGAGGAAGAACAGCGGCGGCUGCGCUCCAAGCCCAAACCAAAGGCAGCCCAGGAAGGUCAACCAAGACACUCACGCAAAGAGCGAGGUCGGGCCAAGCGUUGCCACCAAGAGCUCCAAGCCGCCGCGGUUCUCCAUGAAGGACAUGAAGAAGCGGAAGGCACGAAGCGGGACGUGGAGCAAGGAGCUCAUUCACAAGAUCGUGCAGCAGAAGAACAAGUUCCACAAGCUGCACGUGAAGAGCAACAAGCACGUGCAGUUCUCCUUGGUCACCGAGAGACUGAUGCCAGCCGCCAAAGAGGGGAAAUUCCAGGAGUACGACUACAUUUCAGACUCGGACGACGAUGGGACAGAGUGCACCAAACUCCACGGGAGGAAACGGCGGGGAGCGGGAUUUAUUGGGAGGUCCAAAUACAGCUUUAGCAAGAAACGGCCGGGAAGAAGUGAAAGAGCCAAAGAGAAAGAUCCAGCCCAAAGCUACAGCCGAAAAAGAGAGAGUCGGAGAAGAGAGAUCCAGGAGCACAGGAGGGUUCCUAGUGAGGAGGCCGCCAAGAAAGACGAUUGUGCGACCAGAGCCCGAAGACGGAGCAGCCAGUCGUCUCCUGGCAGCACCCACAGCAUUAGCGCGUCCAGUGAACCCGGCCCCAGCCCUCGCUGUGCUCAACGGGCUGAUUCAGACGGCGAGAAGGGCAGCGUGCAGGCGAGAAGGCGCUCGGAUGGUUCAGAGCUCACACCGAGGACCCUUCACGAGGACAGGAGCCCCAGGGAGAGCCAUAAAAGCCAAGAGGAGUUUUCAAGAGGAACCAAGCGAUUUGGCUCGGCCAAAUUUUUGCUAGCAGGCUCCAGGACGCAUCCAAGCGCCAAGGCAGAUGUUCCUCUGACAAGCUAUGUGAAGGACGAGCACCUACCACAGGCCCAGGAGAAGCAGCUCCCCAGCACAGGCACAUUUGGCAGGAGUCCAUCUAGACCCUCCUGUAAGGACCAUGCAGAAGAGCCCAAAGGAGCAGCGAGCCAUGCAGGUGAGACAGGGAAACCUAUUCUGGAGGCUCAGGAGUCCCCUGAGUUGGCAGUGGUCAACCACAGGCAUCCGUUUGCCCCCUACACUGGCGAUGCUCUGAAGUACCCUGCAGAGGAGCUAAUUGCUCCAUCCCACGUCAGUGGUGAAGCCAGUCCUGGCAACGUGAGUGCUGCCUACCCCGAAGCCGACGUCAAAUACUUGAAGGAACGAGGGCUCUGUGACGGUCGGAAGGACUACCCGGCUCCUGUGGCCCCGUAUGGGGGGGAUGCUGUUGGGAUGAUGCUUGCAGGCAAAGUGCCCGACACCUACGUGAACAGUGACAGCACGUUUUUUGAUCACAAAGACCUGCCCGGUCACUACGAGCCCAACCUCUUCUCAAAGCCCCCAGCCUUGGGUUCCUCACACACCGGGGACAUGUACCUAUGCCGGGAUGACAUUAGUAGCGGCUCCUUCGAGCAGAAGCACGCCGAUAUCUCCCCCUACGCAGCAGAAAAUCCCCAGGCCAAGGUCUCCUCCCCUCUCAGCUUUGAUUCCUCUUCGAUAUUUGGAGAACUCCCCGUCACCGAGUUUGAUCCGCCGUUGUACGAAGGCGUUUCCGCAAGCAAGGACACUUACGUGACCACAUUUGCCUGCCCGGGCAACGCACCCAGCAAGUCGCUGCCGUUUGGGCAGCCGUAUGCGCCGUUUAUGCAGGAGAAAGACUGGACCCUCAUGGAGGAGGUGGCCCCGAUGCUGCCAGAAGACGUGACUCAGUUCCACAACCUCUCAACGGAGAAGCCCUUGGCCAAGAAAUUCCCUGACGAAGGAGCUGGCCCUCCCAACCAACUGUCUCUGCCGCUGUCCGACAGGAUAACGGAUUAUAACGUGACUUUCAUGAACAAUAUAUCAGAUGACGAGCUGGAGAUCAAGCGGUUGGUUACGGAACUGGAAAGCCAGCUGCAGACGGGCAAAAUGAAUAACGAGGCGCCUGCUGCUCUCCAGAAACCGGAGCAACACGUUGCUGCACAGCUCCGAGAACGGGCGCCCGAGCAGUUUCCAGCCCUGCCUGUGGAUCAAGAGCCUGGUCAUGAGAAAGGGCUGUUUUUGGCAGGUGACCUCGGGAGUCCAAGCCUUCUAGCCACGAAAACCUGUGCUGGAGAAAGGCUGGGGAGUGAGAAACCAGGUGUUAGCAAUGAGCACGGCACCUAUGAGAGACCCAGGGAGGCCUGGUCCUGCCCCGUGGAGUUCGGCUCGCUGGAAGCAGGGAUGUGCACGCCAGGCUCUGAGGACUCCCUCUCCGUGGACCCUUUCUGCUCCAAAGAUGCCAGGGAUCAAUUCCAGGGAGCCGAAACGGCCAAAGAAAGUGAUUCCAGAAAGAGGGAACGAGAGUCCUCCUCGCAGGGUCUGCCUGCCUCGCAGACGGACAAAAUAGAGGCUCCGAUCUAUACAGAGCAUAUGACUAAAACCCCUCGGGUUGUCACUGAGCCCUUGUUCCCUAAGACUCUAGAGGCAGCUGAACCAAACAAAGAAGAUAUUCUACCGUCCCUGCCGUGUAAACCUGGUGCUGAGAACUUCCCCGUGGCUGGAAAAACAGCUAAAAACUUCGAUGAUUCCGCAGAGCUGGAGAAGUUUGAUACCCACCUUCCAAACCUUAAGCCUGAGUUUGCCUUUGAGCAGGCGCCGGCCCCAGCCUUAGAUCUCGCCUUUUCUUCUUGCAUCAAAGAAGUCCCAGACACAGAAGAAAGACCUUUAAGCGAGUCCGAGUCCCCCCGGAUGGGGAAAAGCGCGGGGUCCUUUGGUGGGGAUAGCGGUGGGCAGGUAUCGCUGGAAGAAACGGAGGACAAGAGCGCUGCAACCUACCCAGCCCCUGCGGCCGGGGACAAAGCCAGCAAGCAAAAAGUGCUCUUGCUCGACAUGCUGAGUCUGCCCAAGGAGAGGGACGGUGGCUCUCAGAAGAGGGUGGCCUCCCCGGAGGCUGCUGCAAACCCGCUGCAGCAGCUGCAGCUCUUCGUGGCCCGGACCGUGAAGAACAACGAGGAGGAGCUGUUGCUGCCGUGCUUCCCUGGGCUUCUUGCUCCCAACCAGGCGCCUCCCGGGGCCAGGGUGCAGCCCGAGCGGAGCGAUGACAAUGCACAAGGUGACAAUGGGACGUGCUGCCCUGCGCGUGAGGAGGGGGAUGUCCCCGUUGGAGGCGAGGCGGAGGGCAUAGGGACCCCUUCGAAAGAGCCUGCAGUCUUCUCGGGUGAGCCGGGACCGUUCGGUGAAAUGGACUCCUACCGUGCAAAACAAUCCACAUUUGUGAACCUGGAGCUGCAAAAUAACGUCACGGAGCCGCAGCACAUGGCAAGUGAACGCGCGGAGCAGGGUGACAUUAAUAUCCGUGCAGAUGGUGUUUCCCAAGAGCAUAGUGACCUCUCACCGCUUCGCAACGCGGCGGUGACCCCAUUGCCAGGGCAGGGAAAGAAAGCCGAUCAGCUUGUAGGAGAGCGGGAGCAAGAUAAAAACGAAGCGACCUUGGCAUUUAAAAAACAUGAGGCAUCCCUUUUAAGCCACAGUUCACUUGAGAAAGAGGCGUUGGGCAGCGCGGCAGCAGAGAGGCUGGAAAAAAGUGAGGCAGGGCAUGGGGCACAGCCCCUGUGCGGUGCAUCUGGGAGCCCUGCCAGCCCGCUGGAUCCCUCAGGUGAUCUCCACCAGGAUCAUCGUUUGCUGCAGGACACGAAAGCCUGCCCAGUAAACGCUAAGGUUCCCGAAGAAGGGAACGGCAAGAGAACGUCUCUCGGGGGCUGUCACUGCGCGAGUGAGUCGCUGGCCGGCCCGCCCUCGCCAACAAACUUGCCUCAGUCUCAACACUUGCAAAGCGAUGGUGCUGAAGGAGGAGAGAUGCCCAGCUUCAGUGCGCGCCCGGCUGGGGACAAUAAAUAUAGUGCCUCCUUGCUCGGUGCGGAGGCUUCUUCGAGUGCCUUCAUCACCAAGAGCCGCCCUCCUGACACCGACAGCAGUCAAAUGUGCCACCCCUCGGCGAGCCCAGCGGAGCAAGCCAAGUGGAGAGGAGCUCCCGCCUUUGCCCUCGCCCUGCAUCCCUGUGGAGCCAGCGUUCCCGCGCCGCUGGAGGCCGUGGGGAGCAGCCACCACCACCUGAGUAGCUACGGAGCCCCUGGAAGAGAAGGACAGGCAAGACCCCGUGCUGCUCUGCGUGCUGGUGAUCUGAUGGGCUCUGCUUUGGAGAUCGAAGCUCCCCAGAAACCGCGUGUGAAGGACUGCUCGCUUGCCUGCUUGCCGCCUUUCAACCCACGCGAUGUUGGGAAGGAGGUACCAGGUAGCCCAUGCGCUGUAUCAGGGCCUCACUUUAAAGAAAGCCAGGCACAAACCGUUGCAGAUACAAUUGCUAAUUCCCAGCCCUGUCCUCCAGAAACCCAAGGUUACCCAGCGCUGCCCAUGACGGAUCUCCUGCUGAUUAGAGAGGGAGAGGUGAACUUGCAUCAGAAAGAGCUUGAGAACUGCUCUCCAGGUGAAAGUAGCCCUCAGAACGAAGCAGAGGCUCUGCCCAGUGGUUCGGUUGCUCAGCAGAUACCACCCGCUCUCAGCAGCAGUCCUCAAAGGAUUGCAGAGCUCAGUCCCGCUAAACUCCAUUCCCACCACUGUUCAGACGCAGCAGAGGGGAGAUCUGGUGAUCCUUCCAGAACUAUGGAGAAUGGAGGAAAGAAUGUGAAAGGUGAGAAAACCCCAAACCAUGGGGCUGAGCAUGGUGGAGAUGCUGGGACUUGCGUGCUGAGUAACAUGUGUCAAGGAAAGGACAGCGUGUUCACUGGUCUUCCAAACGCCUCCCAAAAUGAACUUCUGAAGGAAAAGAAGCCCAGUGGGCUCCAGGUCACCUGUGAUAUUUGCUCAGCCUCUUUCCGGUCCAAGCCUGGCCUGACCAGGCACAAAGCUGUCAAGCAUCAGAUAAAGAAUAGCAGCAUAUCACAGGCAAGCAAACCUCCCGAGUCAGAUUUAGUUCUGGUAGACAAAGCAUCAAACGUGGCCAAAAAGGUCCCUAGAAGGACCCUAAAAACUUGUGUCAAAGAGAAAAUCUGCAGCUCUCAAAUGCCAGAUGCUGCUGUUGAGUACAGCCCCAAGAAAAUAGGCCCAGGCCUGGAGAAAGAACCCAGCGCUCAGAUGCAAGCAGUAGUCAGCAGGGUGCUCAGUGACCUCAGCGUUAUAUCCCUGGAGAUGUCCCAGGAGCUCCUUCGCACAGGCAUUCUGAACAGAGGGAUGGAGGCGAAGGAUCAGAGCUCGGAGACGAGGGGAGCAGGUGAGGAGGAGGCUGAGCACCCUGGAAAGCAAGCCAGGAAGGGGGAAAAGGGCAGAAGGAACCAAAGCAAAGAUGCUGCAGGAGUCAACAGCAAUCCUGACAGAAAGCUGAACAGGAAGGUGGGACGAAAGAAAGCAAAGGCGUUUCCCGACAGGAACGAGCCUGGUGGUUCCUCUGAGCUGGAGAGUCAUGUGAAUUCGGGUCCCUCCCCUGCGGACCUCAGCAGUGUCAGCUCCAGCCUGGCCACCGCGAUCGAGGGUUUGCAGGAGCCAGGCAGCUGCAGCUCAACAGAGGAACGAAAUCAGCCCACCUCAUUGCAGCACUCUCAGAGAGCGAGACAGUGCCCUUGUGCAGUAGAGGACCCGGGCAGUAGGAUGGAGUCCUCAAAGGAGAUGGUGGGGAAGGAGUCAGCAAAGGGCACGGUCGCUUGUCCUGCAGAGGUGGGAGAUUCAAGUGGAGUGGAAAACGCAGAGGCUUGCAAGGAAUGGGUUGCGAAGCAAGUGGAGAAGGGAAUGGGUAAGGUAGGCAAGGAAUGGCCUCUCCGUGGUGAGGGCACAGGUGACAUGGAUACGGAGACAAAAGACAGUUGUGCGGGAAAGAGCCGUGCUGGGAAUCAGAGCAGUGUCCCGCAAAGUCCCACAGGUUCUGCUGAAGAAAAGCAGGGUCUGGAAACCACCCAGAAGGCUCCCGCGCAAAGCACAAUGCAGGACAGCCGUGGUGCCAGCCCUCCCCAUGGAGACACCAAGCGCUGGGUGAAGGGAGACGUGCAGCAGGGCCAAGAGCACUGCGUGGACAGCGCGGCUGUCGCCGGCCUCCAGAGCCUGUUGGAUGAUGACUCCACCUUCUCCCAGCUGUUCCCACGGGACGAGCAGUUCGUCCGGAGGAAGUGCACACGUGUGUAUGGGAAGCGCACCAAGAAACCCAAGCCUGUCACCGAGGCAAACAUCCGCCCGGCGGGCGCCGUUGACCUCUUCACCAUCCGCUUAGCUUCUGACCUCAGUGAAACCAGCUCUUUCUGUGUCACCAGGGAGGACCCUUGUGAGUACGAAACCAUUUCUAUUGACGAUGCCUUAAUGCUAAACAUGUGUCACAGCAGCAAGGCGAACAGCGGAGAAGCUGCUCCCAGCGGAGCUAAAAAUACUGCGCUGAGGUCGGACUGUGAGAAGAUCAACCAAGAGAAGGAGGUCAUUGACCUGGAAGAUAACAACGUGCUAAACUUCUUGUGCCAAGACAGCCAAGUGGAAAGCGUCCCCAGCUUGAACCUUUGGGGCUGUCUGGAGAAGGAGGGAGAAAGCCUCUCCGCGGAGGAAAUGUUUGAGGCUCCCGUGGACCUUGAGAACGAACACUCGCUAGGAGAAACGAGCUCAGAACCUCCCGACCUGGCAGAGGAGCCCUUCAAUGACAAGGCGAGCGAGGAAGAUUCGGACUCCCCCGAGUUCCAUACAAUCGACAUUGAGAUGCUGAAUGCAAAGCUCAAAAUGAGAGAUGUGUGUUUCUUCGGCCCUUGUGAAGAUCUUCCUGGCCGUGCUGACGAAGAUGCCAUGAGUUUCAAGCAGAAGCCGGGUCAGCACAGCAAACACAGCAGACACAGGCUGGAAGAUGGGAAGCUGGGGAAAAACCGCAGUGAGGUGAACAUCAAGACCAAAGACAAGCAGUAUAAAUGCAAAGUGUGCUUCCAGUGGUUCCUCACCUUGGGGGAACUGGACUUCCACAAGCUCAGCCAUAACCCUUCCCCUCCUCCGACCUGCUACAUGUGUGUCCAGCGCAAGUUCAGCUCUCGGGAGCAGCUGAGGGACCACCUGAAAGAGAAGCAUGCCAAGAACAAGGCGGGCCUGUGGGCUUGCGGGAUGUGCCUGAAGGAGAUUUCCGACGUCUGGAUGUACAACGAGCACCUCCGGGAACACGCCACCCAGUUUGCCCGGAAAGGGCAAGCGCAGAAGUCCGUGAUGGGCCUGCCUGCCUGCUUUGGUGAGGACAACGCCGCUGUCACCCACUUCCUCAACACCAUCAUGUAUCGGAGAGCCAGCAAGUCCUCCAGGCACGCUGACUCCGACAACAGGCACUCAGGUAGCAGAGAGAACAGGAGCCCCAAGGAGCUGCCCCUUGAGCAGGAGGCCCUGCCGAUGAAAGACCCCUUGGAAAGCAACGUCAAGGUCAAGCCGUCUCCACCCAGCUCUUCCAAAGCGUGUGCCAGUCCAUCUCCUGAGCACAUGGCAAAAAGCGAAAGCUCCCCCAAAAGCGUCCCCAUGCACCCAGACUGCAAGGAUCCUUCCAGAGACUGUCAUCACUGUGGGAAGCAGUUUCCCAAACCCUUCAAGCUCCAGCGGCACUUAGUAGUGCACAGUUUACAGAAGAUUUACCUGUGCCACAAGUGUCCGAUGUUCUACCAGGAGACCAAAGAGCUUCGAAACCACCUCAGCCAGGAGCACGGGAUCGUGGAGGAGCAAGAGAUCAAGCACACCACCCUGUAUGCAUGCGAGCUCUGCGCCGACGUCAUGCACGUUAUCAAGAAGUCCUUCAUAUGCAGCAUGUGCAACUACACGUUCUCCAAGAAAGAGCAGUAUGACCGGCACAUGGAGAAGCACCUCGCAGGAAGCAACAAGACCUUCAAAUUCAGAGGGGUCAUGAGGCCUGGCGUUGCCUCCAGAGAGGGCAGGGAGAAGGUUAAAGAGGAAGGCUCCCUCGUGGAGCCACCGAGCAAGAAAAGAAAGGUUGUUCAUCAGAGCAGCUCACUGCCACGUAGCUCUCCUGUGCCUCACCUGGACCAUGCGGGUGACCUGCACAUGGCAGAGGCUGCAAGUCCCAGGCUGCAGGCUCCUAGUGAGUCUUUCCCUCUAGCAGCUAGGGAGCCAGGAGCACCUCUACCCCAAACCCCUCUGAAAACAGAAGACCUGGUGGGUGAUUUCUCUGACCUCCUUGCCGAGAUGGAGACAUCUCAGUUUGACGCCCUGCCUCCGCCGCCCUGCCUCUCCCCGUCUUUGCCACCGGCCACCGCAGGCAGUUCCGAGCUCGGCCGUGUCACCCCCUUGUCCAUCGAGGAACUGGAGAAAGGAGCUUUUGAUGGGAAACCCCUUCCUUUCUUGGACUCACCUGAGUUUAAUAUUGACCUGGCUGGGUUAGCCUGUAACCAGGUAGCGGAUGAAAAACGGUCUCCUCCACGUCUGACCGAGAAAGGUGGCAAUGCCAAUGCCCAUAAAAAAGUGAACUUAGGCAACAAAGAUGAAUAUGUAACGGGCAUCCUGGAAAAUCCCAAUGCAACCACCAGCCCUGGGAGCGAGGCCCCGUUUCUUCAGCUCGCCAAGAAGGUCCCGUCACCAAGAGCAGAGGUUCCUCAGGCCAAAGAGACCAACAAAACGCUGUGGAGCAACCCCAGUGCAAACGAUGGCCCUUCUUGGGAAGGAGCAUCUAAGGGCACUUCUUCUGAGGCUGCCCACCCCACCAUGAAGGACAAGGCGACGUCGCCUGUGCUGAACAAGGCUCCCAAAGAGUUGACCAUGCAGAAGAAAGCUGGAGGUAGCCAGGCCAGCAGCGACACCUCUCCCAACGUCGUUAGCCCCGGCAGGAGCGCCGAGGAGAGCCCAAAAUCCAGCGUGCCCAAGGAAAAGGCUGUGCCCGAGGCCAAGGAGAGCGGCGCUAACGCCAGCAGCAAGGAACACGGCGCCCACCCGGGCAAGUCCAGCGGCCACCACCUCAAAGGCGAGGCGGCCAGCAACGCCGUGCGACACGUGGACAAGGCGGCCCUGAGCGUGCCGGGCAAGCUGCACCCAAAGAAGCGGAAAGAGCACAAGUCCCUGAGCCACCGGGGCAGCUCCGGCUCCCGGGAGAACGUCGAGGGAGACGGGAAGAAGAAGAAAGCGCGGGCGCCGGGUCCGGGCAGGAGCGAGAGCACCGGCGAGCUCAAACACGCCGACUGGGCCAACGCCGAAGCUUCUGCCCUGUCCCCGGGCCGGAGGGAAACGCACUGCAACAGGCUGAUCCCCAAGCCCAGGACGGCAGGGGUGGGCAACCAGCUGAAGAAGAUGGUCCUGGACACCUACAACCACAAGAAGGCGGAGAUGCGUCCCGCCAACGGCGACGUGAAGCGCGGGAAGGCCAUCCUGGGCAAGAGCUUCCAGCAGGUGCUGGCCAAGGGGCCGGCGGCGCGCGGCGCCUUGCACGGGGCGCGCGGCACGCGGGGCGCCAAGGCCGCCGAGCCCGCGAGCUUCCGCACGGCCGAGUCGCAGAACCAUCUGCUAAGCCAGCUCUUCGGGCAGAAAUUAACGAGCUUCAAAAUUCCUUUAAGGAGAGAUACUUCGGAGUAA